AUGCCUUCCAAGCAGGUCUUUGCCUCCCAGGAUAACGCUGUCUAUACUACUUCAACGGGUGCACCGGUAGCUGAGCCCUAUGCGGUAGAGCGCAUUGGCACCAUCGGUCCCCUGCUUCUCCAGGACUUCCACCACAUUGAUCUGAUCGCCCACUUCGAUCGCGAGCGUAUUCCGGAGCGUGUCGUGCACGCCAAGGGCGCUGGUGCACACGGGUACUUCGAGGUGACCCAUGAUAUUACAGAUUUGACGUGUGCGGCGUUGUUCUCGAAGGUUGGCAAGAAGGCGAAGGCCACCGUUCGGUUCUCUACAGUUGGUGGUGAAUCAGGGUCAGCAGAUACUGCCCGUGAUCCUCGAGGUUUCGCGAUCAAGCUCAAGACAGAGGAGGGCAACCUUGACUGGGUGUUCAACAACACUCCCGUCUUCUUCAUCAGAGACCCGUCGAAGUUCCCCCACUUCAUUCAUACUCAGAAGCGUGAUCCGCAGACCCAUCUCAAGGAUGCCGACAUGUUCUGGGACUACCUCUCUCUUAACCCGGAGUCGAUCCACCAGGUUAUGAUCCUCUUCUCCGAUCGCGGGCAUCCCGAUGGUUUCCACAACAUGCACGGUUACUCCGGCCAUACAUACAAAUUCGUGAACAAGGAGGGCAAGUUCCACUACGUCCAGAUCCACGUCAGAAAGGACGGUGGUGCAAAGUCGCUUACCGAGCCCGAGGCUGGCAGGCUCGCGGGAGAAAACCCCGACUACGGCAUCCAGUCUCUGUUUGAGGCCAUCGAGGAUGGCAAGUACCCGUCGUGGACUGUCUACGUCCAAACGAUGACGGCCGAGCAGGCAGAGAAGUUCCGCUACAACAUUCUUGACCUCACCAAGGUCUGGCCACACAAGGAGUAUCCGCUCCGUCCGAUCGGCAAGCUCGUGCUCAACGAGAACCCGCAGAACUACUUCGCCGAGAUCGAACAGGCUGCUUUCUCUCCAUCGCACUCGGUGUCGGGCAUUGAGGCCUCUGCCGACCCGGUCCUCCAGUCGCGUCUUUUCUCCUACCCUGACACCCACAGGCAUCGUCUCGGUGUUAACUACAAUCAGCUGCCAGUCAACGCUCCAAUUGCGCCGGUCGCCAACUUCCAGCGCGACGGAUCGAUGACGUUCGUCAGCCAGGGAGCUCGCCCCAACUACCAGAGCAGCUUGGUGCCGCUCAAAUACAAGGCUAAGCCGUACCAGGAUAUCAAGCACGAGAUCUGGCUCGGCCAGGCCGCUGCUGACCUCAGCUUUAUCACGGAGCUCGAUUUCGAGCAGCCACGUGCCCUUUGGCUCAAGGUGUGGAACGAUACUGACCGGGAGCACUUUGUCCACAACGUCAAGGUCCACCUCAGGAAUGCGAAGAGCGCCGAGGUCAAGAACAGGACGCUCGCGGUGUUCGCCGCCGUCGACCAAACGUUGUCGGACCGCAUCGCAAAGGCGAUAGGCUCGGCCCCCGUCAAGCCCUUGAAGGUCGCACCGGCUUCGGAGGCCAUCCGCUUCAAGGCGUUCGCUGUUCCACCAUCCAGCCUUUAG